AGAAAAUGAUCCACGCCUCCAAUACUGAAGGCCCUUUAAAAUACCGAGUGCAGAUUUUAUAUCUAUAAUUAUGAAUUCAGAGCAAAGUAGCAGUGAGGAAUCCCAGAAGGGUUGGGCUUUGUAUUAUGGCACAAUGCUAUUUCUGUCUACCUGGGAGGGAGGGGAAAUAACAGCUCUUACCGAAGGGUGAGAUUAAUGGGCAGAGCAGUGUUGGUGUUGGUGCAUGAUCAAUGGCUACGGCUGC